CUUCUCUACCUUUGUUUUCUAAACGCUCUCUAUCUCUCUCUCUAUCUCUUUAGCUUUCUCUCUCUAGCGGCGAAGCCAUGGGUUAUCCGGUGGGCUACACUGAGCUCCUCCUACCAAGAAUCUUCCUUCACUUACUCUCCCUCUUAGGCUUAAUCCGAACACUCAUAGACACAGGUUUCCGGAUAUUGGGUCUACCCGACUUCCUCGAAUCCGACCCGGUUUCAUCGUCAACAUCUUGGCCGGAACCACCGUAUAUUUCCACGGCGGCGGUGCAUCAUCACCAAGAAAGCUCGUAUUUUUUCCCAGUGGCGGCGAGGCUAGCCGGGGAAAUCUUACCGGUUAUCAGAUUCUCGGAGCUAAACCGACCCGGAUUCGGAUCCGGAUCAGACUGCUGCGCCGUGUGUAUCCACGAGUUCGAAAACGAAGACGAGAUCCGACGGCUGACGAACUGCCAACACAUAUUUCAUCGGAGCUGUUUGGACCGUUGGAUGAUGGGUUAUAAUCAGAUGACGUGUCCGCUUUGUAGAACGGCGUUUAUUCCUGAUGAGUUACAAGUUGCUUUUAACCAACGUGUUUGGUCUGAAUCUGAACUUCUCGCAGAAUCAACUUAGAAUCUUUUUAUUUUAUUUUAUUUUUUCUACAAAUUAAUGGGAAUCUUUUGUGUUUUUUUUGUCUUUCUUGAUUUAAAAUCUUUAGUUGGCUUAAUUGAGUGGUUGAUAUGUAUGUAAAUAUAAAUUAUAGGUGGUGCUAAGUAAAUUAGAAGAAGGAAAUAUGUAUUAUCCACUGAGGAAAAGAAAAAAAAAAAACAAGGAAAUGAAAAGCUUAGUUUUUACUAUU